AUGCAAAACAACAAACCAUCAACAUUUAAAUACAGCAAAGAUUCCUCUUCUUCUUCAGGCAGUGGUGGUCACAAACCAACAUAUUACAAAAAGAAGCCAACAACAUCUUCAGCACAUUCAGAAUCAUCACCAUGGGAUAGUUCACCAAUCGAUGCCAAUGGUUAUUUGCUGUACAAUCAAGACUUUACACAUUUUGUAGUUCAUUGUCUCAAGAAAAAGAACUCUUAUGAUGUCUAUGUUGGAAGAAAGAAUCCACUCAUCGAAUCGACUGUCUCUAUUAAAUGGGGUAAUCCAUUCAAAGUUGGAAAGGAUGGUAAUAGAAAUGAAUGUAUGAAACAGUACAGAGAUUGGAUAUUCCAUAAAGAUCAAAAUGAUCUAUUCCUUCAAGCCAAAAGGGAACUAAAAGGAAAGAUUUUGGCUUGUUGGUGUUCUCCUUUAAAUUGUCAUGCAAUGGUUCUUGCUGAAAUUGCCAACUCGAGUGUAUCAAACCAAGGAUAUGAUCCAACCCAAAAGGCAUCAUCUUCUUCAUUGGCACCUACAACAACAACAACUACUACUACUACUACAACUUCUGCUAUUGCUCCAGUUGGAGUAACACAACCAACAACCAUGGAAAAAGAUUUUCCUCCAUCUUUAACUUCAACUUCUUCUACUUCCUCAACAUCUGUUGCUACCACUACAACCAAACCAUCAUCAUCAUCAGUAUCAUGGGCAAAUCAAGUAUCUCAUUCAUCUGCUCCUCCUCCUCCUACUAUCAAACAACAACAACCAACUGCAGGAUUCAACAAACCCAAAGCUCCUCCAUCUUUGGAUUCAGAACUUGAUUUCCCUUCACUAUGGAAUAACAACAAUACAAAGAUGUCAAAGAAAAAGUAG